AUGGCCAAUUUUCUGGAUCGUUUGCCCUGCCCCUAUUGUGGCAUGAACUUCAAGUCCCAGCGAGGACGUACCAAACAUAUUCGGACAAUUCAUUCUUACGAUCACGACGAUCACAUUUGCAAUGACAAAGUCCCUGCAAGCCCCCGAGCUGACUCAGACUUCAAUGAUGCACGCCCAGACUUUGAAGACGAAAGCCGGGACUUCGCUGACACAUACUCAGGAGAUCAUGACGCUGAUGCCCCCCAGCCUGAGCCUGAUCACGAUCGGCCAAUGUAUGGCAAGAUCGAACAUCCGUACUUGUUUGGUAGACCUUGUGAUGCGCAAGGCAAUCCCCUGCCUCCAGGUACUGCUCCCCCUCCACGUUGUACUGCCGACGACGAUUGGUCUCCCUUCACCAAUCAAGCCGACUUCCUCCUAGCGGAUUUCCUCUUCCGCAAGGUAGAAAUGUCAGGUAGCGACAUCAAUUUUCUCAUGGAGUUAUGGGCGUUUAAGAUGCAACAACUGGGUGAAGCAGCAAGUAGCCCUUUUAUCUCGCAUAAAGACGUCUACGCCACCAUUGAUUCAAUCCGUCAGGGCGAUGUUCCAUGGGAAUGUCUCUCUGUCGAUCUCGGAGAUACUAUUCCUGACGAUGCGCCGAGUUGGGCUGAGCAUUCUUAUCAAGUUUGGUAUCGCAACCCAGACGCCGUCAUCAAGAACAUGCUCGACAACCCCGAUUUCCACCAGCAGUUCGACUAUGCACCACAUGUCACUAAGGACCGGCGUGGCCAGCGCAAGUGGCAGAAUUUUAUGUCGGGAAACUAUGCCUGGCGUCAAUGUGACAAAAUCUACAAUGAAGACCCUUCAACUGAAGGGGCCACAUAUGUUGGUAUCAUCCUGGGUAGCGACAAGACCACGGUGUCUGUCGCCACCGGGAAUGUUGAAUAUCACCCGCUAUAUCUCUCAAUCGGCAACCCACACAACGGAGUUCGACGCGCACACCGCAAUGCGGUGACCCCGAUUGGGUUUUUGGCAAUUCCCAAAGCGGAACGAAAGUAUGACGAUGACGUGGCUUUUCGCAAGUUCAAACGUCAGCUAUACCACGCGUCCAUCUCGGCAAUCCUACAGCCUCUCAAGCCAGGAAUGGAGACCCCCCUGAUUCGUCGAUGCCCAGACGGUCACUAUCGACGGGUGAUAUACGACCUUGCGGCUUAUAUUGCUGACUAUCCCGAACAAUUGAUGGUAGCUGGAAUUGUGCAAAACUGGUGCGCUAAAUGUACUGCUCUGCCUGAACACCUUGAUGGAGUCGGAGGCCGGAGAACACGCGAGUUCAUGCACACGUUGGUCGAUACACUAUCCUCUGGCCUCCUUUGGGAUCAGUACGGAAUCGAUAGUGAUAUUGUGCCAUUUACCUACGAUUUCCCGCGCGCCGACAUUUAUGCGAUGCUCACGCCCGAUCUCUUACAUCAAGUCAUCAAAGGGACGUUUAAGGACCACCUUGUGGCGUGGACCGAGAAAUACCUUGCAGAAACAGAGGGCGAGGCUCGCAAAGAUGCGAUCAUGGAUGACAUUGACCUAUUGCAGCAGGUACCGGCGUUUACGGGACUUCGUCGUUUCCCUCAAGGAAGACGCUUCAAACAAUGGACCGGAGAUGAUUCAAAGGCUCUAAUGAAGGUUUUUUUGCCAGCAAUUGCCGAAUAUGUCCCACCCCAACUCGUCCAAUGUGUUGCCGCUUUCUUGGACUUCUGCUACCUUCGUGAAAUCUUUCGUGAAUCUGGUGUCCGCCCAACUGGUUUUUCGCUUCCUCGGCAACACGCACUCGUCCAUUAUCCACGACUCAUCCAGGAGUAUGGUGCGCCAAAUGGCCUUUGUUCAUCCAUCACCGAAUCACGGCACAUCACUGCUGUCAAGCGGCCAUGGAGACGUUCUAACCGCUUCAAUGCCCUGGGGCAGAUGCUCCUUACUAACCAACGUCUGGAUAAAUUGGGUUUGGCCCGAGUAGACUUUGUAGCUCGAGGGAUGUUGCCGACGACUGUUUCGAUUCCCUCUCGUGGUCACGACAGCUUGCACAACACCGUGGAUGAAGAAGCCAUUGACGAGGACAAUGUAACUGAAGCUAGAGUAGAGAUGGCACGACGGCGACAACGGGGUUAUCCUCGCGUGCUUCAGGUCCUGGCAGCAUACAUUUCUGAGCCAUCGCUGCCGGCUCUUACAAGGCAAUUUCUCCACGAACAGAUGGCGCUCGACAACAGCAUACCCCUCCCCGAAAUCAUUUCACCCAUCUCAGUAUUCCAUUCCGCCUCUGCUACAUUCUACGCACCGAGCGAUCUCUCAGGUACCCGCGGUGUCCGUCGUGAGAUCAUCAGGUCGACUCCUGUUUGGCGGGGGAAGGACCCUCGACGUGACUGUGUGCUGAUCGUAGAGGAUGACGACAAGCCUGGCAUGCGAGGAAUGAUAGUUGGCCGAGUGAAGCUGUUUUUCUCCUUUUCUCAUGAGGGCCAGAUAUACCCGUGUGCACUCAUCGAGCGUUUUUCCAGAGUCGGUCGUGGGCCAGACCCAAACACUGGAAUGUGGAAAGUCAAGCCGUUGUUGGACAGGCAGAAGAAUCGAGUGCAAAUGGUCGAGCAUCUAGAUGUGAUUUUCCGGAGUGCUCACUUGAUCCCUGUGUUUGGCGACGGGCCUCUGCCUGAUGAUUUUCACUUUUCUUUUUCACUGGACGUUUUCAAUUCCUACUAUGUAAAUAGAUACGCAGAUCACCAUACAUUUGAGAUUAUAUUUUGA